AUGAGCAUCCAGUCGGUAUCACAUGAUAAUUUAAGUAAUUCCUCCGCGUUUGGCGAUUUCACCGACGUGAUCGGCGAACUAACACCAGAACAACAAGCAGAAAACCAAAGAAGACGACGCAAACGAAUUAUAUGUUUGACGCUGAUAGUAUUUACGAUUGUUUUAGUCACUAUCACUCCUGUGAUCUAUAUCUGUUUGGUGAAUCCAACUUCAACAACAUUAGUUUCAUUGGCAACUACACCAGUGACACCAGCAAUGAGAAACUUAAAUCAUUGCACAGCAACUUCGAAAAAUGUUGUUUACUAUAAUUCAUCAGCGCAGUUGACGACGAUGUUAACUGCUGAUGUAAAUGAAGAUCAUAAAGUGGACAUCAUUGCUGGAAACAGCAUCGGCAAAGGAAAUCUUUUGAUCUUUUUCAAUGUCGACGAUAAUCAAUUCACUAAACCAACAAUUUAUCACACUGAUAUUCAACCAAUGUUCAUAACCAUCGGCGACCUAAAUUACGACGAUAGAUUUGAUAUUGUUCUUACAAAUAAUCAAUCUAAGAGCGUACAAAUUUUCUUCAAUAUGGGCUACGGUAAAUUCGAUAAGCAAUCGAUAAUUUCCACCAGUAUAACCAUCGACGGCAUCACAAUAGUCGACGUUAAUCUAGAUAAGAAACUUGAUAUCGUUAUUACAAACAAACGCACGAAUUCCGUGGUUAUGAUCAUCAAUGAUGAUGAUAAUAUGUUUCGACACCAGAUAACAUAUUCAAUCGGAUUAAAUACCGAAUUACUUUCCAUAGUUGAUAUAGAUCACGAUGGAAUGAUUGAUUUUCUUCUCAGAGAACAAAUUGAUAAUGUCAGUCAUGUUUUCGUACGAUUCAAUGCGGCGAACGGAACUUUUAUUAAUCAAACAACUUAUAUUCAAAAUGAUAAUAUACAAUCGCUUCGAACUGUCGACAUGAACGCUGACGAUCAAAUUGAUCUUGUAUCAACGGAACGCUCGCCUGAGAUCAACGUAUACAUGAAUUCAGGUAAUGGUUCGUUCAAUCAACCAAUAAAACUUUCAACAACAUCAACUGAGAAUACUUUAUCAAUUGCCGAUAUAAACAAAGAUAAAAAACUGGAUCUUAUACUUUCAUCACAAAUUACUAAUCAAAUCAGUAUUCAUAUGAACGAAAUCAAUGGAACGUUUGUUAAACAGAUGACUAUUCCUGUUACGUUUCAUCCGCUAUGUACAACUUCAAUUGAUGGUAAUAAUCACAAUCAAACAGGAUUAAUUGUUUUAGGCGAUCAAACAAUUGAAUUAUUGUCGAUAAAUUGUAUAUAG